UAUAUAACACUGAAGGUCUUGGCUACAUAGAGAUCACUUGUGAAACAUCUGGAAGACAGUUCUAAACUUCUUGAGGCUGUCAUGUGCGACUUGUGCGUGUCGGUACUACUCUUACUUGGAGUGGUGUCUGGGCUUUGUAGCAGUGAUCAGUCAUGUACAGAAGUGAAAGUUUUAGGGAUUGGGGACUCUGACAAAUUGUCAAUUCUUCGAGGCUGCCCUGGUCAUCCUGGCCUUCCUGGUCAAAAAGGAGAUGUUGGGGCACCGGGAGAAAAAGGACAAAGGGGGUCUGUGGGGAGCACAGGAAAGGUUGGACCUUCGGGAAAUAAAGGAGAGAAAGGAGAAAGAGGUGCGACUGAGCCAGUCUAUGCUGCCAGGAACUGCAAAGAAGUACUGAAUCAGGGGGCAGUCCUCAGCGACUGGUACACCAUAUACCCAGAUGGCAGCCGGCCCCUGAAGGUCCUGUGUGAUAUGGACACGGAUGAAGGAGGAUGGAUUGUCAUACAGAGACGUUGGGAUGGGUCAGUAGACUUCUUCCGCACUUGGGAUGCUUAUAAGAAAGGCUUUGGCAGCCGGCUAAGUGAAUUUUGGAUGGGGAAUGAAAAUAUUCAUCAAAUAACUUCAACAGGGACAUGGAAAUUACGUGUUGAUCUACAAGAUUUUGAAGGUAAAACAGUGUUUGCCAAGUAUGCAAGCUUCAAAGUAUUGGAUGAAUCUGAGAAAUACAAAUUAUUAAUCGGAGCCUAUCAGGAAGGAACUGCAGGAGAUUCUAUGCGAGGUCUAAACAACAUGAAGUUUAGCACUAAAGAUGAAGACAACGACAUUCUUGAGGGCAGUUGUUCCUUACAGUAUAAAGGCGGCUGGUGGUAUAACAAUUGUCACCAUGCAAACCUUAAUGGACUCUACCACCUAGGAGAGCACACAUCUUUUGCAGAUGGCAUCAACUGGUAUACUGCCAGAGGGCAUAAAUACUCGUACAAGCAUGUAGAAAUGAAGAUUAGACCUGUUUAGAGAAAGAUGGAGCAAUAAUUGUCUUUAAUGGAUGCCAAAACUGACUGCACGGGCCUGGUGGGUGAAGGGUUCAGGUCGGCUGAAGUAGGCUCAGUGUGUUGGCGGCCUGGUCAUAGUUGUAGCUAGGCUUUCCUUCAUGAUUCAGUUCUCUGCUCUAGACCAGUAUCUAAAUACUCUGACCAAUGUGCGGUGGCCCAGAACCCAGAGCAAAUGUCUCCCCAAAGUUAGUCCUUGUAAAUAGCUCCCUAUAGAUUUAGCUCUAGAUAGGACUUUGAAAGUGUAAGCAUGCUAGGCCAAAGAGGAAAAGCAAUGCCUGGGCCCUCCAACAAUACCACAUGCCACCAUGUCUAUUUAAAUUAAUAAAUGUACUGUAUAUAGUUUCAUUGAAUCAAAUAGCAAAACAUUUCCAGCUCACCUGCUCCACCUCCAUAGGCGUGCAAGGAACAACCGCAAAGCUUUCUGAUCCGCUCAGGGAAUUUCAAAGGACUAUAAUAAAGAGAUUGGAUUUUAUCUGUAGUGCAUGUGCUGGAUUUUUCCUUUUUUUUUUUCAAGAAAAUUUCUAAAUUUGAAUGUUUCAUUUAAUUCCUCUGAAAACAAAAUUAAGGGCCUCAUUUAUGAAAAAAAAAAACUAUCUGUUGCCCAAAACAACCAAUCACACUGCAGCUUUUAAUUGUCAAGAGCACUAUGAGAAAUGAAAGUUGGGCUGUGAUUGGGUUAUCAUUUAUGGGAGCGAUACGGUUGAAAAUUGUGGGUAGCCGGUCACCUUAUGGGGGGAACUGGGACUUGCGGUGUACUGAUUGGCACCGAUAGGAAAGGGAAUGUGAAGAAUUUGGUGCACGCAAUGUGAGCCGGUCCCAAUAUGGCGGUGGUGAUGGUGAUACCCACUGUAUGUAUUUGUUUUCAGAAUAUUUUUAGGAUACAGUGGAAAAUGGAAUCGAUGUAUUUCAAAUUCAAUAGUGCCAUAAGGUGACAGGUUAGUGCUAUACCCUACCCAGAUAAUCAGAAUACUACUGCAACCAGAGAAACAGUAGGUUAGGGUCAUUUUUAUUUCAUGGGGUUUGUGAUGAUAAUUGUGAUUUUGUGAUAUUCAACCCAAGACAACACAAUCUGGGUGACCGCCAAACAGUGCCCAUAAAGUAUCUGCCACAACACCCGUUUGCUUAUGACUGCCGCAGUGCCCCCCUUACCAGGUGUCAGCAACCUUCACCCCUCCCGCUGUUGUGAAACUACAACUCCUAGCAUGCGCGCUUGCUCAGCCGUUCUCAGAGAAUGGAACACGCUGGGAGUUGUAGUUUUUACAACAUCCAGAGUGCCAAAGGUUGUUGAUCCCUGCCCUAUACUAUAGGAUUUCAGCGGUAUAGACCUCACUGUAAGAUAAUUGGGACCCUCGUUGCCAAUCCAACUUCUCCUCUUAAAGGGAGAGGAAUCAGUGGAUUAUACAACAAAUACAAUAAAAAACCUUGAUCUCCUCAGGCAAUAAACUACAGGACUGCUUUUACGUCUGGGAGCCGUUCAGAUUAGACAGAUAAGAGAUCUGAUCACUGGGUGGUAAUGGGAGCUCCAGUAUCUCACGUCAGGACUCCAGAUCUCCCCUGCUGAUGAUACCAACUGGUAACUUAAAGAAAAUCCCCUGCCGGGAGAUUACAAUCUCCCCUGAUGCUUGCCACUUACCAGCUGCAUAAAUAGAAGGAAAACAAAGCAAAUGCUGUGAAAUUCUGAUAAUCCGACACGUCGUGCUGGUGCCAGUGCAGCGCCCUAACAGGUAUGUCACCCGGAUGCUGAAAGAGACUACACAGACACCCAUCUUUUUACACGGGCAGAUAAACUGUCCAAGACGAGUGUUGAUCGGCGAUAUAGUCGAUCAGCGCUGGUUGAGGGGUCUUUUACGCUCAGAAGUAAGCGUUUAUACAAAUGCUGUACCAAUAAGGCACUUAAAGGGGUUGUCCAGGAUUUUGAUAUUGAUGGCCUAGCCCCAUCAGAUCAAUGGGGGUGUCGACACCCCGCACCCCCACCGAUCAGCACUUAAGUGAAAGGUAGAAGCAGCACUGUAGCCAUCAGCUCUGUCCAUACACAGUGGAUGGAGCUAUGUAGUGUAGGGGCGUGAGGUAUUGGACCCCUGCCAAUCUGAUAUCAAUGGGCUAUCCUGAGAAUAGGCGAUCAAUAUCAAAAUUCUAAACUGCCCCUUUAAGUCAGUACCAGACUAUUAUGAUUAGCAGCGAAUUAAUCCUGGACAACCCCUUUAAGACAGUGCCAGA